AUGUUAAUGUGUGGGUUCUAGUAUGGAAAUAAAUAACCUUUAACCUGGAGUGGUGGAGCACCAAAAUCAACUGUUUUAUGAACACCCAGACCCUCUAGUGGGCUGACACUGCCAUGUGAGAAAAGUAUUUUUAUAAACCUCCCUCCAAGAUGUGACUGCCACAUUUUCAGAUCUUUAAAGAUUUUUUUUUAAAAAAACCACUCGAAGUCCCUACUGGCAGUAGGGCUGGAUUUUGAAAGAGCUUUUAUUUUGUGUGUCCAGUUUCAGUGCAUGUAAAGCUCUACAGAUGUUAAUGCAAAUAACAGAGGUUUUUCAUCAGGCUUCAUGCAGUUCUAGCACCUGAAGGAGGAAUAAAUAAGAAUAAGCCAAUUGGAUGCCAGGUGAUUCAACUCGAAUCACUAGAAAAAGUGUCAAGUAAAUAGUCUGCCCACCUGUAAUUGCUGCAGGAGUGAUUAAAAAAGUAAAUCAAUGAGGAUCCUGUUGUUUCAUGGAGCUGUACAUUCUCUCAGCACUGAGCAUGUUAAUCAUGUCCUGAUUGAUUGAUUGAUUGAUUGAUUGAUCUGUGACUGUCACCACCACGCCCUCCUUGAUCACAUGCAAAGGCAAUUCAAAAGUAAUCACAAAAAUCACUGCUUCCUGCUUUCUAGGGCAUUUAUAAGGCUCACUCAAUUAUUCCUUUUUCCCAGCCUGUGACCCCAAAUUUGGGUAAAUUAAACCACUUGAGGGCUGAGAGCCAUCCCAGCGAGGAGCCCUGCUCUCUGGGCUGCUUCCCAUGAUGUGAUUUACAGUGAACUGCUAGCACCCAUGGGAACAGGUAAACUCUAAAGGAAAACAGAGUAUUUUACAUUCAAAUGUCUACUGUAGUAAGAGUUUAUUUGUCCUUAUGUGUUCUAUCUGAUGUUAAAAUACAGCUUUAUUUGCUUAAAAACCAAAAAAAAAAAAAGAAAAAUAAUUUUCUUUGUGAACAGUUAGGUAAAAGUAGCUUCAUGCAACAGAAGAUAUGUGCACUUUUGAGGUAAAAUACUUUUUUUUCUUUGGCCUAUUUUGAUUUGAGAUUGGCUUCUUUAGGCUUUGAUGAAGAAACUAAGCUGGGUUAUACUUUUGAUUUCUCUGGCUGGUUUGCUCAAAAGAAGAUUAUUUUAGCUAUCAUGGAUAAGAAAACAGAAGUAGUUCUUGGAUGUUAUAAGUCACAGCUGUUUUCACCAAUUGAAUGUCUUUGAAAACAGAGGGUUUUGCUGUCUGAGGUCUUGCUUUAGACUUGCAAUAGAUUAAAAAAAUAUAUUUAAUUUAAGGAUACAACUUAUUAUCUACUACUACUCAAAUUUAAGCUUCAGAGUUUUUGGCUUUGUAUUUGAAUCAUGGGAGUUUUUUGUUUGUUUGUUUUUGGGGUGUUGUUGUUGUGGUUUGAGUUUUUUGGGUUUUUUUUUGUUGUUGUUGUUUUUUGGGGUUUUUUGUGGGGGUGGUGGGGUUUUUUGGUGUUUUUUUGUUUUUGUGGGUUUUUUGUUUGUUUGUUUUUGUUUUUUUGGGGUGGGGUUUUUUUAAUAAUCAUGGAAUAUUUCUCCAUAUUGAUUAUACACUAUUGUGCUUCUGUUCUGUGAUGUAGUAGUUCUCAUACUCUAAACAGAUCUGAAGAGGCCAAACCUGAGUAGUUUUAGGGGCAGAUGGAAGCAAAUAGCAGAACCCAUGUCUCAAAAAUGCCAUCAGGAACACUGAGAGCUCUGUUUAGAGAAGCUGACCUGGUUUUCCACUUCCUUGUAACAUGUGGAUGCAUUUACAUUUGCACGAGAUGGAUGUGGGGUCCUUCCCUUUGUAGGUGGGAGCAUUUUGAACAGGUUUUAAUGAUCUUAAUGAGCUGCACAAAAUGGAGAUGCUCACCUGGGAAAUCAGCAAACUUUGCUGUGGACAAAGCAGCAGGAAUAUUAUGAAACACAUUAUAAAAUAUUAUAUGAGUUUGGCUCUUCCAAAUUCCCUUUCAAGGCUGUAAUAUCUUUUGUUUGAUAUGAAAGAAUAUUUCCUGUACCCCUGCCCCUUCUGGUAGCUACAGGGCAGAAUCUGCCUUAAGAAACAGUUGUGGGCUAGGCUGCCUCUAGAUUGCCUUUUUUUCUUUUGAAAAUAAAUUCAACUUACUUUAUUUUAAAUUUUGUUUUUUUAACUUAAACCUAGUAGCAUUGCUUAUUUUUAUAAUUACCUUUAUCUGAAUUUCAACCAGAAAUAGCACAUUCAUUGGAUGAUGUUAACUUUAAAAAAAAAUCCCUGUCUUUAUCUACUUGCUGUUUUUCACUUGUUGCCUAAUUAAAGUAUUGGAUUAUUUUAACCAAAUUAUUUUCUCGAUCUGUUAUUUGAAUUCUGCUGAAAAAGUUAGCUUUUGUGUGUGUUUAAACCUUUAUCUUUAACAUACAGAUUGAGUGUAGCGUACAGUAUUGGAUUCAUGCAAUUUAAUAGGCAAUAUAAUUCUGGGGAAAAAUCUCUUUCACCCCCAAGUGAGAUAAUUAAAUAAACUACUUAACUGCCUAGUGUUGCUACAUUCAGAAGCUGGAGUGUUCAUGUAGUUCUUUGAUUGUUUGGGUUUUUUUUUUAAAUACUCUUUGAUCCUAUGUGUAAUAUCUCAAAACUGACAGGUGCCCUAAGAAAUUGUAGUAGCAGAGUGUGGAAUUCAAAGCCAGAGUCUUACCAGCCUGCUAAUGACAGCGGAGGAGCACAGAAGUGUACCUGUAACUCCAGCUGAUCCACUCAAAAAGGAAAGAACAAGACAAGCAUGCCUGCUGCAGACAGAAGAGAUCUGCAGGGAUUGCUGAACCACAUGGCUGAAAAGGAGCAGCGACCCAGGAGAGGUGACCAUGCUGAGAAACUCGUGCCUCCAGCUGAGAAGAAGCUGCACGAGGCUGUCUGUGUGCUGCUGGUGGAGCUGUGUGAGAGGUUCACCUUCUUUGGCAUCGUCUGCAACAUGAUCCUCUUCUGCACGGCCAAGCUGGGCUACCGCAGCCACCAGGCAGCCAUGGUCAACAUGUGCUUCGUGGGCACCUCCACACUGACCCCCGUGCUGGCCGGCUGGCUGGCAGAGCACCUCGUGGGCAGGGUCAAGCUGGUCUGCAUCUGCAUGUUCCUGCACUUCCUAGGCACAGCACUGUUACCUGUGGUGUCAUUCCCCUUCGAGGACGUUUACGUCGACAGGCGACACAUUCUUCUCACCCUACCCAAAAGGGAGCAGAAAAUCGUGUUCUACUUUGCACUCCUCACAGCCAGCCUGGGAAUAGGAGGCAUAAGAGCUAUUGUGUGUCCACUGAGUGCCUACAGCCUCGAGGACUGCGGGCCAAAGGAGCUGCUUUCAUUUUUCAACUGGUUUCAUUGGCUGGUUAACUUGAAUUCAGCAGUGGUCUUUGUCAGCAUUUCUUACAUCCAGCAGUCCGUGGCCAGGAACCUUGGCUUUCUUAUCCCAUUUGUGUCUGGGCUGAUGGCUAUGAUCACAAUUCACAUGGUUCGGGGGGAAAUGAUUUAUAAACCCAAAGCAGGCAGCUCCCUGCGGACGGCACUGGGGGUGAUUUUCAGCGCGCUGCGGUCGCGGCAGCGCCGCCUCGGCACGGCCCUGCCCAGCUGGCUGGACCACGCCAAGGAGAACCACGGUGGCCACUACAGCGAGACCCACGUGGAGGGCACCAAGGCACUGGCCAGGCUCUUCCCCUUGUUCACCUUCCAGGUCCUGUACAGGACGUGCGUGAUGCAGAUUCCUUCAGGAUAUUAUCUCCAAACCAUGAAUUCCAACCUGCACUUCAGUGGAUUUGUCUUGCCAGUUGCAGCAAUGAACGUGAUAAGCAUCGUGCCCCUGCUGAUUCUCGUUCCUGUUUUGGAGUGCAUUAACUCUUGGCUCUUUAGCUCUAAGGACACUGGGUAUUCUCCAACAAUUUACAUUGUCGUAGGUCACUUCUGUGCCGCGCUCUCCGUGGUGGUCGCCGGCGUCUCGGAACUGCACCGCAAGCGCUUCCCCCGUGUGGAGCAGACGUUCUCCCAGGAGGUUCUGCUGGUCUCCUCCAUGCCCUGCUUCCAUCUGGCUCCUCAGUACAUCCUGCUGGGAGUGGCUGAAGCCUUGGUGACUCCCUCCUGUUCCUUACUUUCCUUCCAGCUGGUGCCUGAGGGAAUGAGAGGGAUUUCCAUGCAUUUUUUAGCCCUCUUUAAUGGAGCUGGCUGCUUUAUGGGAGCUCUCUUUGUUCAGACAGCCCACGCAGGCUCUCAAGGCAGCUGGUUUCCACACUUGCUGCAUGAAGGUAAAUUGGAGAGAUUCUUCUUCUUCUUGGCUUCCUUGAUGAUGGUGAACACCCUGGGGUUCUGGACCAUUGCACACAGAUACAACAAUCUGCACGAGGAUUGCACCAACGACUUCAGAGGAAAUUUUCCUGGAGAAAAACUUUUGAAGCACCAAAAAGCCAUCAAGCAUUAUCAUGCUGUCCUGGAAAGUUCUCCCAUUUUGUCUCCUGUGGAGAAAACCUGAUAAAAUUUCACCCUUAUUUGGCUAAAUUUUGAUUUUGUUGCGCACCUGCUCUCUAAUGAUAAAUUACCCUUAAAGUGCACUUGAGUGGAGCACUGUCCUGGUAUUUAUGAAUUAUCUGAUGAAUGAUAAUGUUAUUUAUAAGUUAACAAAACAGCAUUCUUCAUGGAUUUGGCCUUGAAGGAGGCUGCACUGUCAUAACUCACAUCGAGGCCAAGGAGAGCUCACUGCUUGCCACAGCUGAUGGGGGGAGAGGCUUUUAAUCUUUAUAUGGAAAUAGGAAUCCACAUAAAUUUGUAUUUAGGAGCGGUCAAAAAUUAAUAAACAUGCAGACAUUUGUUU